GUUGGAGGCUGGGGUCCCGCCUCCUCUGCAACGCCGCGGCCGAAGUCUUAGGACCCAGGGCCCGCAGGGGUCCCCGCGGCCGCCGCUAUGCAGAAAUACGAGAAACUGGAGAAGAUUGGGGAAGGCACCUAUGGAACAGUGUUCAAGGCCAAAAACCGGGAGACCCAUGAGAUCGUGGCUCUGAAAAGAGUGAGGCUGGAUGAUGACGAUGAGGGAGUGCCGAGCUCUGCCCUGCGUGAAAUCUGCCUGCUCAAAGAGUUGAAGCACAAGAACAUCGUCAGGCUUCACGACGUCCUGCACAGCGACAAGAAGCUGACUUUGGUUUUUGAGUUCUGCGACCAGGACCUCAAGAAGUACUUUGACAGCUGCAACGGCGACCUGGACCCUGAAAUCGUGAAGUCAUUCCUCUUCCAGCUGCUGAAAGGCCUGGGCUUCUGUCACAGCCGCAACGUGCUGCACAGAGACCUGAAGCCCCAGAACCUGCUCAUCAACAGGAACGGGGAGCUGAAACUGGCAGACUUCGGCCUGGCUCGGGCCUUCGGGAUCCCCGUGCGCUGUUACUCGGCUGAGGUGGUCACGCUCUGGUACCGCCCGCCGGAUGUCCUCUUCGGGGCCAAGCUGUACUCCACGUCCAUCGACAUGUGGUCAGCCGGCUGCAUCUUCGCAGAGCUGGCCAACGCGGGGCGGCCGCUGUUCCCUGGCAACGACGUCGACGACCAGCUGAAGAGGAUCUUCCGGCUGCUGGGGACCCCCACGGAGGAGCAGUGGCCGGCCAUGACCAAGCUGCCAGAUUACAAGCCCUACCCCAUGUACCCAGCCACCACGUCCCUGGUGAACGUCGUACCCAAGCUCAAUGCCACGGGGAGAGACUUGCUACAGAACCUCCUGAAGUGCAACCCCGUCCAGCGCAUCUCGGCAGAGGAGGCCCUGCAGCACCCCUAUUUCUCCGACUUCUGCCCCCCCUAGGCCCCGGAACCCAGCUGCCAGGCUGGGGCCUGGUUUAUGGCAGCCCCUCCUGAGGGGCAAAACGGGGUGCCCGUGCACUGACCCCAGCUGUGCUGGGCUGCGGAACCCGGGACCCGCACUGGGCUGACCCCUCGUGGACUUUAUUUAAUUUCAUAAAUUGGCUCCUUUCCCACA